AUGGCGAUCGAGGCGUUCAUAGGUAGUCGUAUCUCGAUCACGACGAAUUCGGAGUUGCGUUAUGAGGGCCUGCUCUUCGACCUUAAUAGCGAUGACGCCAUGAUAGUGCUACAAAACGUGCAGUGCAUGGGCACUGAGAACCGCACGACCAAUGGAGGAGUCCCCCCGUCUAAGCGGAUCCACGACUACAUGGUGUUCAAGGGUGAGGACAUCAAGGACCUUGGUGUCUGCGAGGUGAAGAAGGAUAACUCGCCGGAGUACAGCGUGUUCAACGAACCCGCGACACAAGGCGCUCCCUUUAAUAACCAAUUCGGCCAGCCGGGCGGACCGGGACCGGCUCCCAUGUAUGGCCCUCGGGAUGGUCCCAACGGGCAGGGAUUCGGGGGCAUGCCACCGCCCCAAAUGAUGGGGAGCCCGAUGAUGCCCCCAAUGGGAUCACCGAUGUAUAUGCCGCCCGCGCGUGGGAUGUACAUGGGACCGCCUAGCAUGCCGGGACCGAUGAUGGUGCCUCCUAUGGGUCGUCCAAUGGGACCCCCGCCCAUGCACGACGGUCCUUUGGGCGCUCACGACGCCCGACAACCGCCCCCGAGCCCCUAUUGGCAGGAGCCGGGCUCGUUGUUCGGCGGAGGUAUGCCGACUGGAAUGCCACAUCGGGACGAAAUGCAUCCGGGAGGUGCGGACAAAAGGAUGCCUGGGCCUAUGUUCAUGGACUCAUCUACGCCUCCUCGUUACGAGGGAGACUCUGACCGAUUUGACUUAAGAGCGUUCGACUUCGGUCCUGACCCCUUUGCCGAGGGUGAUGCGCUCGGUGGUGGCGAACCCAACUCCUCGGCCCCUGAAGACGAAAGCGGCCUGGCCGGUCAACGCCAUGUAGAGAAACGGGAAGGGUUCCCCAAAUCAGUGCAGCACAAGGUGAUGGCACCAACUCAACACGAACGGAAACCCCUUACUCCAGUGAACGAGUUCAACAUCAUUAAGGCCGAGAAACUCCUAGCUAGCCUCGGCGGUGCAGACGUAAAGGGGGACGCGGGACCAUCGCAAACCAAACCCAGUACCGUAGUCCCGGAUGUCAAACAAGCCAAGCCGGAAAAGGCCGAAGUAGUUGCAGCAAAGGAGGAACAGGAGCUACGGACCUACUAUGACAAGAAGAGCUCCUUCUUCGACAACCUGUCGAGCGACGUCCACAGUGACAAGAAAAUGCUACGGAAAGAGCGUCAGAAGCAGCACGAAAUAAAUGUGGACACAUUCGGAGCGGACAGUGUCCGCCGCAGCCACAACAACAGAGGUCGAGGCCGUGGCGACCGGCGGGGUGGCGGCGAGCGCGGAAGGCGCGGUAGCUGGAACCCCGAAAGGGGUGAGCGCAGAGGUUCGCAUAAGGCGGAACCGGUAGAGACGGCUGAGAAGGCGCCCGAGAAGGAUAAGGACAAGGAGCAGAAGGCCGAAGUACCCGCUGCCUCUGCUGACAAAUGA